AUGCCUGGACGUGGGAAGGGUGGAAAAGGCCUGGGAAAAGGAGGUGCCAAGCGCCACAGAAAGGUGCUACGGGACAACAUCCAGGGUAUUACUAAGCCCGCGAUCCGUCGUCUGGCUCGGCGUGGUGGUGUCAAACGCAUCUCCGGCCUCAUCUACGAGGAGACCCGCGGGGUGCUGAAGGUGUUCUUGGAGAACGUGAUCCGGGACGCGGUCACCUACACCGAGCACGCCAAGCGCAAGACGGUCACGGCCAUGGACGUGGUCUACGCUCUCAAGCGCCAAGGACGCACCCUCUACGGCUUCGGUGGCUAAGUCUGAUCUCGCAGACCCUGUGUUUGUAGAAAUAGUCAAGGCCCUUUUUAGGGCCACCUAUCCAUUCACUUGAGAGAACUUGUGGCACUAGGUUGAUGUUUUCAACCUUUUUCUUUCUUUUUUUUUUUUUUUUUUUUUUUUUUUAUGGAACUGGAGUUAACAUCGGGUUUUCUGGGCAAUCUGAGUGUUCAACUUUAUUCCAGUGUUACAGGCUUCCUGCUCCUCAGUGGUUUUUCUAACAAGUUUCUAGUUUCUGACUGCAUUAUCGGUAGGAUCUACUUUCGGUUCCUAGGAUUCCUUUGCUUCGUAAAAUUGAAGCAACCUGAUGAACUUUCCUCUUAAAACUCGGUACAGAUUUAAAUCCAGGAGUUACUGUUCAUCUAUAAACGAAACUUGAAUGUGUAUGGGAAACGUAGGUAGUGCUUUGUUAGCCUGCUCAAGUCUCAAAAAUUUCUCAAAUAUUCUGCUAGGGAAACUCAAAGGAAAAGGUACAAUGAAAACAAACUGAACAGUAGAUAGGGGAAAUACAUGUAAGCCUUGGUGGCACGUGGAACAGGUAUUCUCUCCGGUAAAGCACUUGUAUUUUAAUUAUCUAAAUCAAUUGUCCAAUAUUUUCUCAUCCACAAAAAAAAAAAAAAAUAACUGGGAUUUUUCUGUUGUCACAUCCAUUCCUGAUAGUUUCUAAUAAAGCAACAACUGCAAUUCA